GGGGUUGACGUCAUUGCCUCAUAGACUCAAUUCAUUCAUUCAUUCAAAUGGCUGUGCAUUUCAUUCAUUAACUGAUUCACAAUCGCAGGUAUUAUAUCGUAAUAAAGGUGUGAAUCGGACUUAUGGUGUCCUCUAAGUGAUUGUCUCAACACAUGUCUCUCAACACCGAUACUAAUCUGAUAAAUGAUUACUAAAUCAUUUAGAGUUUACAUCUAAAGUAUAAAAAUGACCUAAACUUUACUUCCAAAGGAUACAAACAAUUAUUGUUUGAACACAAAGUUCUUCGUUAUAUUCAUCACUCAAAGUGUUUAACAAAUGAAUUGACGUUUAUUUUGACUCAUUUUGUUUGGUUUUGAUCUGUCUUUCAAAUAGUUGUCACAAUUUUAAUGAACUAAAAGUUAAUCACAAGAAAUAAUGACUGAUUUUAUGCGUAAGUUUGUGCUUAAAGUGGACGUAACGUCCGUCCGAGCGGUUACUUAUGCGGCGAUAUUCACGUUCUUGACGGCCGUCUUCACGAUCAUCGCCUUCUCGACCCCCAAUUGGUUGGUCGCAGACAAUCAACAGCCCAUCAAGAGGUUUGAGAAGUUGGGUCUCUGGGAGGCCUGCUUUUACACCUUCAGAGAUGUCAACUAUCUCUACGACCGCGAGUUUCGCGGCUGUAAAUGGCUUUUCGAUGAAGACUAUGCCUUCCUAUUGGACUUCUUGGAGCCGCGGAAUACCUGUGCUGUGAAGUGGAAUAAGCCAUUCAGGAGGCGAAUGUCUGACGCGAGGGUCGUCGCACUGGCCGUCACUGCCAUCUGUUCCCUGUCGACGAUCAUUGCAUUCGUGACACCCAAUUGGUUGGCCUCCGAUCGGCGACUCUAUGGCGCAAAUUUCGUCAAAUUAGGUCUUUGGGAGACAUGUUUCAGGAGUUAUCACAAUCCAUACGAUUACGAUCUCACAAAGUAUUACUCCGGCUGUCGCUGGAUAUUUGCCGACGAGUACUAUAAUAUCAGACACCUAUUGAUGCCAUCCCUAUUCACGACAAUCGCAGUCAUUAUAUUUGGUAUCCGAGGAGACGAUAGGGAUUGGAUGCCAGACCACGACCACAACUUCCUCUCGUGGUCUUACGGACUGGCAGUCGUCGGUGUGUUCUUCGAGUGGAUGUCAGCCAUACUAUUCUGGGCCGAGUCUCGCAUCUUAUAUAAGAAGGAACUGAAACGCGAACAACAAAUGUUUAAUUUAGAGCCAACUAAUAUCAAGGCUUAAUUCCGCUCAUUAUCUCACAAUCACAUCAUAUUUGAUGCCGUUUUUCAGUGCAAACAACAGACACUUAAUAUUUACAAACAUUCCGUCCUUUGCAUCGAUCAUAUCUGAAAAUCAUUUUCAUUUACUGACCAGAAGUUCAUACAAUUAAUAGCAAUCAAAAUAAUGGCUUCUGAUAUUUUUUACAUUUUAUGCACGUUUUUAUAUAAUUUAAAUACCAAUGAGUUAUACAUUUUAUGAAAUAUUGUCAAUAGAGUUGCACUAACAGUAUUGUAUAUCCAGU